UAUGUCCCAUACCAACAGACCACAGGAACAAACAGAUGCUUUCUCCCACUUUGACAGUGCACUUAAUUAGAUCUAUUGAUGUGUCAUCCACCUUUAACUUGUAUUGUUCUGCUGCUGAUGUAAGUCUUUCGCAGUUUAAAAAGGAUUUGAACAGAUGGAGCUGAAGUCAAACAGCCAUGUCAGCUCUGAGGACUCUGGCUUUUCUUGCUUUUCUUGCAGGUGUUUCCAGCAGUCAGACUUUAGACUGCUCAUACUUAGGUCUUCUGAGUCACUUGAACCUCAUGACGACAAAUGAGGUUUUAUCAAUUAUGCGACCUGUGAAAAACUGGACCAGCUCAACCCUCGUUGAGCUGGACAUGCUGAUGUACGGCAUUUUAGGAGUGGAUGAGAAGACUCAAACUGUCACCAGUCACAUCUGGCUCCAAAUGCGUUGGAAAAAUGAAUUCCUGACUUGGAAUCCAUCAGACUUCUGUGAGAUUUACAUGCUGACCGUUCCGAGAUCGAAGCUCUGGAUUCCAGACGUAAACAUCCGGGAGGAUGCCUCUGAUACUGGGAGUGUUCAGCAGAGUCCACUCGUCAGUUUGUAUCCCAGCGGUUUUGUGUACGCAAACGGACGUAAGCGGCUGACCUUCACCUGUCAGCUGAGGCUCUUCAAGUUCCCCUUUGAUACACAGAACUGUAACAUCACAUUCUCAUCUGCAAACUACGACGUUUUUAAUAUAAUACUAGGAACAGUCCAGAGUGACACAACCCUCUCUUCACUCUCUGAGCGGGUCAUGAUUACACAGGGGGAAUGGCAACUUAUAAAGCUGGAAACUAUUAAUCAAACUUCCACCAAGUACAACCAACCUCAGAGCGAGCUUAUAUACAGGGUCACAAUCACGAGGAAGCCGAUGUUGUAUGUGGUAAAUUUAAUUGUGCCCCUGCUCUAUUUCCUGAUCCUGGAUCUGGCCUCUUUUUUCAUCAGUGAGGCCAGAGGUGAAAAGCUGGGCUUCAAAGUGACUGUGCUGCUGUCCAUCUCUGUCUUACUGCUGAUUCUUCAGGACAUGUUGCCCUCCACAGAGGACACCCUGCCAAUGAUCGCCAACUACUGUGUUGGGGUUUUCGCCCUGGUGGGUAUCAGCGUCCUGGAGGCCAUGCUGAUUUGCUUUCUAAUGGACUUAGAUGAUUAUUUGAAUAAGAAGGUUGAAAAGUCUGUUAAUACCCAGGUGGAAAUCCAGCUGGAAACCAGCUGUCACAAAGAGCCUGCUGGAGCUGAGGGAAGAGGCCAGGUGAGUCCAGUGAAGAGUCACCUCCCUGCGGACUGUCCCAGAGACCACGACCUGCUGAGACUAAUCCUGGAGGAGGUGAAGGCAGCUCGACAGGAAGCCGGAAGAAAAGACGAAAAGAAGAAGAAGCCCGGACGCUAUGAAAGACUGGCUCUCAUCAUAGACCCCGUGUUCUUCGCCCUCUACCUUUUAACCAUCAUAGUUUUCCUGGUGUUCAUUUAUCAUGGGUGGGUCUGAGCCUAUUUUGAAAGUGAUAAUAAUUAGAUGAUGUGUGUAUAAGCAGCCAGGGCGUGCUCUGAAAUCUGACGGUGACGAGUUUUUAAAUAUUACCUUGGUUUUGUGUGACCUGCAGUAUGUGUAGGUUUUUAGGCUCAAAUUAAAGUUGAUUUCUGUUCAUAUUGACUGUUUCAGUUUUAUCUUAAAGAAACAGGAUAAAAGAGAGGGAGAAAUGUGAAAAAGGAAUGAACAGGUGUACCACAAGAUUUAUAAUAAAAAGAGUCAUAUCAAAUGACCUUUACUCAAAGACUGUGAUCUUACAUAUUCUAAAGAGGAAGUAGGAGUUUCUUCUCCUCAUAAAGUACAUUUUACUGACUUAUGAUUUGUCUUUUGUUGAUGGGCCACGUCUGUACCUGUAUUUCCACAGAGAUGCAUGAAGCAGCUGUUUUUAGAUCAAACUACACCACCCAGUGGUGGAAGGAAAUCUGUUACUUAAUGCCUCAUUUCAGAGUAACAUACUGGAUUUUAAUUAGUGCAUUAAUGUGCACAUCACUUUGAUGUUUCCGCUGGGUAAAACAGGGCUAAUUUCAUUUAAUUUAUAUACUCUCUCCCUGUGGAUAGAAAAUAUUAUCCCACAUUUAUAUCACAUAAUAUACUCAUUCUGUAUUAUUAUGUUACUGCUUAUCAGCAGAUAUAAACCUUCCUUCAACAAUGAUUUGAGAGCUCUGUUUGUUCAUUUGUGUUGUUGCUGUUAAAAAUCAUAAGUUAUGUCUGUGACAUUAUCAGCCUGAUGUGUCUGAGCACACCUGUCUUUUUCUAAAGUAAUCAAACAAAUGUAGUGGAGGAAGAAUCUAAUAUUCUGCUGUGAACUGUAGUGAUUCAGCUGAAGUGUGGAAAUACUCGAGUAAAUUAGCUGAGUACUUGAAUAAAUGCACUGGACUGAUACUGACAGCAUCAAAAUAUCAGUGUGUGAUGCUGCUGUGGAUGCAAACAGACAGGUGUGCAUGUCAUAUGACAUGCAUACGUGUCAUAUGACAGGGCGCACUGGCGAAGGGUUUAGUCGUUUUGAUCACUUCAGCAGCACAGAGGGG